CAGUUCAGAACUACCAAGCAUUCCCAAACCAACCAUCUCGAAAAUGACGAAGAAGUGUACUUGAGAAGGUCCCUUUCAGUUGAUGAAAAAAGUAUUUGAACUUAACUUAUGGCUCUGCAAUGUGUCACAAAACCCAAAAUGUGGUUGGGUCUCAAGCAGAUCCUCCUCUACGUAGGCCUGUUGCUCUGUGUUCUUCUUCAGGUCUGUAGGAGUAAGACCCAGUCGCAGAUGUUCUGCCCCACUGUUUGCCACUGUGAUCUACACGCCCAGCGCAAUCGCGCAAUAUGCAGCGCAAAGCGCUUGAUAAGCGCCAAUAUAGAAAUACCUACAACGGUUGAGCUAUUGGACCUGAGCUACAAUGAUUUAACCACUAUUGAUGAUGACUCCUUUAAAAUCACUAUACACCUGCUCAAUCUUUCGUUAGCCCACAACGCUAUCCACACACUUUAUGGAGAUGCCUUUGUGGAGUUGACCAGACUACGCUAUUUGGAUCUUUCGUACAACCGCCUGGAGCAGAUCGAUGAACAUAUCCUGGAAGCCAACAAUCAACUGACGCACCUCAAUCUGGAAGGCAAUAAGUUGUCCACUCUGGGAAGGGGACCCAUUUUAAGAAGUUCAUCGCUUCGCUCUCUCAAUCUGCGCAACUCGCAGGUGAAUCAACUUGGAACCCAGCUUCUGAGUGCGCUGCCUGAACUGCGCCAACUGGAUUUGGCGCAGAAUCUGCUCUUAACCCUGAGUCCUGGUGAUUUCCAUGCCCCCCGCUAUCUGGCUUCACUCAAUGUAGAAGAAAAUCCCUUCAAUUGCGAUCGGGUAUUGGCCAAAGUGGCCACUGGAUUGCGACAGCGUGGAGUGGACAUUUUCAUAAGCGACUGCAUGGAGGAGGAGGUUCAGGAUCAUCAGAAGGAUGCGGAAGCUGUAGAUUUUCCCAUCAAAAACGAAAAGUUCGAAAGCAUGGAGUACGUGGAGCCCAGUACCCGAGGACCCCAAUCCGUGCUGUCCGUCUGGCGGGAGCUGGACUCCAGUGAGGAGCAGGACAGCGAGCAGGAUGACGAGCAGAUGUCAUCGGUUAGCGAUGUGUGCAAGGGAAGUCCGGAGAAACUGUGCUUGAGAUACCGCCUUUGCUUGGAGCGUGUGAGCCAUGAACUCCUGGCUGGUGGAAACUCUCAAUUGGAAGAUGAAAUCCUACGCACGCACACCUACGAUGAGGAUGAUUUGAAGCUGGCCUUUGUGGUGGGCGGGGCCACGGGCGUUUGCAUGGUCAUCUUUAUCAUCACCUUUGCCCUAUGCCUCAAGAGUUGCUGUGAGAUGCGCAAAAAGAAAAGUAACCCGGGGAUGACCACUGGGGAUUCAGUUCCUUUAGACCCCUCGCUGGAUAGCCUGCCAACUAUACACACCUGGUCACCACAGCGGACUCGCAACCCCAGGCGAUCCAAUCCCCAGCGUCCCCGUAGUACUCCAUCGCAUGCCGUGGUCCGACAACCCUACGGACCGCAGGACAACUUUGUGUCCCGGCUUUUUGGACGUCCGGCCCGCAGUCAGUACUACCGGACAAUCAAUCAGAACACAGCCACCCUCAUAAGGCGCCUCAGUCGGAGUAACCUCUUCACCAGUCGCGACCGGGAGCCGAGUUCGCCUGCUGAACCGCCAACAUCUACUGCCAGAUUCUACACAGAUGUUGUUGAAAGUGGGGUGGUAAGGCCGGAGACACCGCCUCCUAACUACGGCGAUGUGGUGAUUAUCGAGAAUUGUGAUAACAAGUGAAGGGAGUGACAUGUUAAUAUAGCCAAACAUUCGUAUUAGUAAAAGUAUUCUAAGUUAUCGCUCUUCUCGACCUCAAUCAUUUACUAUAAAAAUCUAUAUGAGACUAUUACAAUAAUAAUGGCAAAAUAUUAAACUUUAUAUUUAAAUUCCCUUAUUCCAGUUGUCAUAGACAGCCGUCUUUAGUUUUGCAGUUUAAUCCAUAUUUGUUAGGAGUUGAUUGACCGCAAAGUCUUUAUUUGGAAGAUCAAAUUAGGUUUCCAUUUAAAAUAAGUUUUUAUUUUACUACUUUUUUAAGUACAACAUGUAAUGCACUUGGCCCCCAAUCGAUAUUUCAGUGAGCCCACAACAUGGCUUUCAAAAUGCCCUUGAAAACUUCAAUGUUUCCUUAUUCUUUUCGUACACACAAAAAUAUCAGUUGGGGAAUUCCAGCAUUUUUGCUUCUCGUUUUGGAUAAGCAUUACUUUUACAAGACUUGGACUUGCAGCUGCAACAAAUCGCAAUAAAAACUUUUGACAAAACUAUCAAAGUUGGCAACGUAAGAGGGAAUGUGGGGAUGGAGCAUGGCCGACUGUGAAAUUGCCACAGGAAAAUCCCCGAAAAAUUCAAGUAGCAAAAGUUUACACACUCAAAUAAAUGCUGAAACGCGAAAGCCCCCUUCCCCCAAUCCUUGCCUGCAGAUAAAUCGAAAACACCACAAAGGAAAAUAAAACCACACAAAAAAUGCCACAAGAAUAAAACUCAAAAAAAGAACGAGAAACCCAACAAUUUGCACUGCAAAGCGGCAAAAGUGUCUCCAAAGAAAAAACCACACAACCCCGACCAGAUACGGAAAAAGAAUAAACAUAUACAUAUAUAUAUAUAGGGAAAGAAAGAAGGUCCAAGUUAUGUUGCAAUGGG